UACUAGGGUUUACGGUAUUAUCACUGAGCGAGAUUGACAUAUCCAUUACGGCCAUGAAAUCCGGGGUGAUUUUAUUGUCUUUAUUUACGUUAUUCUUUUGCAUAACUGCACAAAACACGUGUAAAAAGGUGAAUUCAUGUAAAUGUAAACUGGACGACGGUAAAGUGAUUGACUUAAAACCGUUGGCGAAAUCCAAUGGACCCGCAUAUCUUGACGUCCUCGACAGUGGGGGAGUGGAUCUCUAUUCUUGGAAUCCAUGCGAGCCGUUCUCUGAAGGAUCAUGUACCAAUGCAGCGGUGUGCCAAACCCACGCAGGUCAGCAGUACAAUUGUGGUUCUCAAGACAGUGCUGUUUUUAGUUACGACAGCUCAAGCCAAAUGUACAUCAUAACAUACCAGGCAGACACUUAUACAAAUGACUUGAGAACGACAAUGCUCCUUCUGGAUUGUGACCAAGGUCCAGAUGUUUUCCAACCAGUAGUAGAAACAAGUCCAGGAAAUUAUGUGUUGGUUUUCAAAGGCAAAUACGCAUGCCCAAGAGAUGACGAUAGUGGAUUGUCUGGAGGGACCAUUCUAAUAAUCAUAUUUGUUUGCCUGGUCUCUGUUUAUCUGAUUGGAGGAGUAUUGUUCCAAAUCUUCAUUAGGAAAAGCAGUGGCGUGAAAGUAAUACCCAACCACAGUUUCUGGACUGGACUUCCUCAGCUUAUCAAGGAUGGUGUGUUUUUUAUUAUUCGAAGAGGAGGAAAAAAGACGGCCUAUAACAGUAUAUGAAGAUUGUGUGGUUCGUAGUAUACGAAGAGGAUGUGUAUCGACAACCUACGACAUUUUAUGAAUCUUUGGAGAUGUCGAAAAAGUAAUAGACAGCAAUAAUAUACUUAAUAACAUUUCAUCAAAAUUAUUGAUAAUGAUUGGAUGAAAGGUAGAAUGUAUAUAAAUCACCCCCAGACACAGUAAUGUUUUGUAUAUAUGGUUGGAUGUUAAGUAUCGUCUCUGUACACUAUAUGACUAUUAUACUAAAGAAUCCAAUUAUGAGGCAAAUCGUCAAUUCUGAGUUUUUUGUAUACCAUGGAUAUUUCAUCAUUAACCAGUUAGAUGUAGGUCAUAUACAGAUCCAGAUAGGGAGAGAUUUAGAACCACACCUAUAAUAUUAGAUGUAGGUCAUAUACAGAUCCAGAUAGGGAGAGAUUUAGAACCACACCUAUAAUAUUUGUCAAAAUAUAUUAAUUACUGUUAUCUUUUGUCUACAACGGUGCAAAGUGAACACAGAAUUUUAGCGUUAUUAAGUAAGAUAUACAUGUAUUCAAUUGUUAUCAAACAAGCUAAAUAAAAGUGGACAAUAUGCAGAUAAAAUCAAAUCUAUUAAAGGGAUGGACCUUUGUUUUUCAGAAACUUUAAAAUAUGUAGUGAUUGCUCCUUCGCCAAACGCUCGGCAUUCACAAGUGAGAAUCACAGGUUGUUUAGAUAUUACCUCAAAAGCAUAGGUCCCGCUUCGCGGCAGGCGUUGGCACGAUAAAGAACCCUCACGGCUACAGACCUGAGUGCUAAGCAUAGGUCUAAAUGUGUAAUAAUUUACCUACAGCUGGUGACAUCUCAAUUUCGACAGGACGCAAAACAAUCAAUCAAUCAAAGGCCGUAAGCGCCGAUCAUAGGCCUAAAGUUUACAGCCCUUCACCGGCACUGGUGAUGCCUCCAUAUAAAGACAAAAAUUUUGGGUGGGACGUUAAACAAAAUGCAAGCAACCAAUUAAGGAACAAUGGAUGUAGAGUUGCGGGGAAAUUAUGCCAUUCCUAACAGAUAUUGGGGUUGUUUAAAACUGUCAACAUAUACAAGUUAUCAAAUGAUAAUGAAUUAUACGCAAAUACACUAAUUAAAAAGACAAA